UUCCCGUAUAAAAGCUCGACAGAACCGUUCUGCAGCAGACCCGUCAAGAUGUUCAGAACUGUGACUUUGGUGCUGGUUCUUAUAAUCGCCGGAGCCCUCGGCUCCGUGGUGAAGAUGCUGCCACCCCUUCCGGACUCUCGUAUCGUCGGAGGAGUCGCAGUCGAUAUUUCGCAACACCCGCAUCAACUGAGCUUUCAAACUACUGGACACAUUUGCGGUGCCUCGAUCAUCAGCAGUAAAUGGGCCGUCACGGCUGCCCAUUGCGUGGGAUCGGCACCCAGCCGUUACAGUCUGAGAGCUGGCAACAACAACAAGGACAAAGGCACUCGUCACUCUGUGAAGAACAUUAUCCGCCAUCCUAACUACAAUUCGAACACCGUUGACUAUGACAUCGCUCUUAUCGAGGUCAACGAACCUUUCGUCUUCGGCUCUACUGUGAAACCUGUACAACUGGCUACUGCGGAACCUGCAAGUGGCAAAGUGGUAACCAUUACAGGCUGGGGAGCACUGAGGGAGGGUGGAUCGACAUCGCCGCUGCUCCAGCAAGUGUCCGUGCCUGUCGUGACCAGGCAGCAGUGUAAAGAUGCAUAUAGUCGCAUGAACGACAUCACCGUCAGAAUGAUCUGCGCUGGUGUCACCCAAGGUGGCAAAGACUCCUGCCAAGGAGACUCCGGUGGUCCUCUGACCUCUAACGGCGUUCUUUACGGUAUCGUCUCUUGGGGCUACGGAUGCGCUAAACCAAAAUACCCAGGUGUUUACACGAACGUGGCUAACCUGCGUUCCUGGAUCAAGGAGAACAGUGGCGUAUAAAUAAUCAUAUGGUAACGGCUGUCGCCAGUAUUGACAUUUUUGGGAUUUCUAAUCUCCCGCUUUUAGUCAAUGCGUUUGUAUUUCUUUUUUCUCCUCUAUAAAAUAUAAAUCUUUCACAUUUUUC